GACACGCCUGGGAAGCCGCCGUGACCUCACGAGGCCCAGAAUCUCCGCGAGAAGUUUCAGGAUUGUUUUCCUCUUUCCACCUUUAGCCAGGGACUUCCGAAACCCCGCCUCUCUAGUGAUGUCAGCAUGGCACUGCGUCGGAGUAUAAAAGCCGCGGUGACGUUGUUGGCGCAGAUUGACUCAGUGCGCAGCUUGUGGAAGAUUACAUGCGAGACCCCGCGCGACCCCGCAUCCCUUUGCCGGGACAACCUUUGCUACAGCCUGUGAGACAUCGCGUCCCCGAGCCCCACGCCUGAGGGCGACAUGAACCCGCUGACUUUGCUAGAAGUCCGGACCUACGACCGCUUUUGGCAACGCGAACCCGAGCUUCAGCCCCCGGGGUGACGUGCAGCCCGCCGACACAUGGCCCCAAACCCAAGACCCCAGCAUAUUCUGCACUGGAGGGACGCCCACUCAUUCUACCUCCUAUCCCCACUGAUGGGCUUCCUCGGUCGGGCCUGGAGCCGCCUGAGGGGCUCCGAAGUCUCAAAGACCUGGCUGGCACAAACAGUAACAGGAGCAGAUCCAAUAGAGGCUGCCACUCUGCUGGCACCUCCCCCUGUCUCUGGGAACCACCUCCCUCACGGGGAGGCUGAAGAAAGUGGAACUCCUGAACAGCAAGAAGCAGCCCUUCCUGAAACUUGGGGACUUUCAAAUGUUGAUGAGUAUAAUGCACAGCCAGGACAAGAUGACCUUAGAAAGCAGGAAAUGGAACACACAGCUGGCAUGCCCACACUCCAGCAUCCUCGCCUGCAAGGGGCUGAUAAGAGGCUUGGGGAGGUGGUGGCUAGAGAAGAGGGAGUGACUGAGCCUGCUUAUCCCACAUCACACUGGGAGGGUGGUCCAGCUGAGGAUGACGAGGAUGGAGAAAUUGUGAAGGUUUACCAAGCCUCUGCUGCUUCCAUAGCUCCAGGAUACAAACCAAGCGCUUCUGUGCCUUGCUCGGGGGAGGCAGAACAUCGAGCCACGGAGGAGAAAGGAACGGAAAAUCAGGCUGACCCCUCCAACUCUCCUCCUUCAGGCUCCCACUCCAGAGAGAGGCCUGACCAGGAGGGAGAAGCCAAGCUAGAGCCACAAGGGCCAGGGCAGGGUCACUCUUGUCAGAAUGCAGAGGCUGACGACGACGACGAAGGACCUGAGACUUCUGUAUGUGCUGGGAGUGCCUUCCUGAAGGCCUGGGUGUAUCGGCCAGGAGAGGACUCUGAGGACGACAACAGUGAUUUGGAUUCAGCUGAGGAAGACACAGCUCAGACCUGUGCUACCCCCCAUACAAGUGCCUUCCUGAAGGCCUGGGUGUAUCGGCCAGGAGAGGACUCUGAGGACGACAACAGUGAUUUGGAUUCAACUGAGGAAGACACAGCUCAGACCUGUGCUACCCCCAAUACAAGUGCCUUCCUGAAGGCCUGGGUGUAUCGGCCAGGAGAGGACACAGAAGAUGACACAGAAGAGGAAGAAGACAGUGAGAAUGUGACCCCAGGUGACUCACAAACAGCUGACUCAAGCCAGAGCCCCUGCCUUCAGCCCCAGCAUUGUCUCCCAGAAGAGAAGACCAAGGGACCUGGGGAAGGAGAGCCCUCUUUCUUCCAGGUGGCCUUCUAUUUACCUGGAGAGAAGCCAGCAUCAAUUUGGGCCGCUCCCAAGCUGCCCCUUCGACUGCAGAGGAGGCUCAGAUUGUUCAAAGCCCCCAAAACCCUCCCAAGGGAUCAGGAACCUGAGGUUCCCCAAAAGCCUAGAAAGGUGCACUUCUCUGAGAAAGUCACAGUCCAUUUCCUUACUGUCUGGGCAGGACCAGCCCAGGCUGCCCGUCGAGGUCCCUGGGAGCAGUUUGCACGAGAUCGAAGCCGCUUUGCUCGACGCAUUGCUCAGGCAGAGGAGAAGCUGGGUCCCUACCUUACCCCUGCUUUCAGGUCCACAGCAUGGGCACGCCUUAGAAACCCACUCCUUCCUCUGGCCUCUACAUCUCUUCCACUGCCGGAGCUUUGCUCUUCCUCUGAGGCUAUGCCCUUGAGCGAAGAUGUGACCACACCCCCUCCCCUUCCCUGUGAAAUCCCUCCUCCCAGCCUGUACUUGGCUGGGAGGCGAGGUUAAGCCUGAGUGGUUUCCUGUUAUUUAUUUAUUUAUUUUAAUAAGAAAUAAAGCCUUUUGAUUUGUAGCAA